AUUGUGAUAUUGUGUUGUGCUAUAUAUUGGGAAAAUGCCUGGAGCCAAUGAGAUCAAGCCCACAGAUGAGCAGCCUUUUCGCCUACAGUGGCUCAACUCUUGCUACCAACAGACACUCCUGCCUGAUGCACCCUGGCAUGGUAUUGAAAGUAAGGUGGCAGAAGUGCUGGCGCAGCGGGUUGAGAAGCAGUUCAUCCAUCCAGAGAGACGAGAAGCCCUACUUGAUGUGCUAGGUCAGCAGUUCGUGGACUCCUACCUCAGUAAAGUCAAACGAGAUCCACAGCUGCUGGACCCGCCCAACAUGUUGAAGGAAGAGAGACAGAAGCUGGUCGUUGAGGCUCAGUCCUGGUUGAACAGUCAGAUGUACCGAGCUGUGAAAGAUGUGGGGUACCAGAGGAUCAUCACCGGAUCCCAAGCAGAUGAUGAGCCUCCCCCUGGCUAUGCUGAGUUCAUGCAGCACACGUUCGGUGUGUUUGUGAAUGGACUGGACAGACAGUGCUAUCUACAGGAGAUGGAACUGGCGCACCAGAAGCAGAAGGAGCUCCUGAACAAGAGGAAGGGUCUGAGGGAUGCCAUGUACAGACUGCCAGCGCCAAGCAGGUUCAAGCCAGCAUCCUCAGCAGCAUCCUCCGCCACCAGCAAAUCCUCCAAACCAUCCACAGGUCAAAUCAAGUCUAUGGUGCAAAAGGUUGAAGGGGACCCACCCCCAUUGUGGGGAGUACAGAGUGAUGGUCUGGGAAACUCCAUUGUGGCCAUUCUGGAGCGAGAUCCACGCAAGUUUGACCACGUGGCAGGCCGCCUUCAUGGCCGCCAGUUGCCAGGGAAACUACGCUCGUACAUGUGGGCAGAUGUAUUGUUCAAAAUAGAGAGGAAGAAGAUGAAAGAAGUGUAUGUUGAGAAGAUGAUCCGAGAAAGAUUUGCCCAUGGUGUGACCCGAGGGCUGAGUGAACUGAGGCUGAAGCGAGCCACACAGUCUCCCAUCAACGGCCUUAUAGAGAAUGCUACAAUUGAGACAUACACCAAGACAACAUCCAUGGUGAACCACAAGGAAGCCAACCAUAUGAAAGAGACUGCUCGUGCUCUGAACGUUCUGUAUGUGUAUGACCGGAGCUAUGAGCCCUACCUCAUACACUGGCUCUUCCCUCUACAGAUCGCCUUCAGAAGCCCUACGGGAUUACUUGAUGACAAAGGGGAGCAUGUGUUUGAGCUAGCGAUGUACCUAGACCUGCUCAACACCAACUGUUUCCCCAAGUGGCCCCAGGUGUUUGCAAUAGCGGAACAGGUGAUGAACACACUCCAACAGGCCGACCCAGAGUUGCAUACUCACCUCACCAGCAUUGCCAAGAAGAACUUCAAAGUCAACCCCAAGGAGUUCCUGGUGCAGCUGAUCCAUGAGGAGAAGUCCAAGGCCGAGGCGCUGUAUCAGGCUACCCCCGGCUCACUGAGGACAGACAUCACGGCCACUGAGCUGCUGGCUAACCCGCUCAUCUUCUUCCGGAGAUGGAUGGGCGAGGGUUUUGUGAGUGUGCUGGACACACCCGGAGUGAUGUACAUCUGGGACCAGUGCUUCAUGCAGGGCUGGCGGGACUCGGUGCUCCUCAACACCUGCCUGUCCCUGGUGGAGCUGCUCAGACACAAGUUCAUGAAGGCCAAGGAUUACAUGGACAUGAAGGAGGUGUUCCUGAACGAACCCUGCAAGCUGUACACCUGUGACCUCCAGGCUGCCUGGAUACAUCUGGAGAACGCCAAGGACCUCAAUGACAUCCCCUACCAGAACAGACAGAGGCCUGUCACCCCAGUGACAAGCAGAUCUCCCCCAUUGGCCCCCACCCCUCACCCCGGUCUGCUCCACCCCUGCGGCAUCAAGGAGAUCAGGAUAAGGCUCAUCAUCCCAACAGAGUCUGUCAGCAGGGAGCCCUGGCUGGCUAGUGUUGACCCGAACCACCUUCGCCUCUUUAUCGUUCUUUACUUCGGAAGUGUCAAGCUGCGGUCCAGAAUGUCACUACGAGCUAUUGAGGUGACAAGCUUCCAGAACGAUGCCUACGGCAAUGCUGUAUAUGAACUGCUGCUGCCUAUUGAGAAGUUUGUAUUUGAGAACCUCGACCUCUCCCAGUAUGACGUGGAGCGGGAACUGGGAGCAAACCCUUACGCCACUGUCAGGCUGGAGUACCACAGACCAGAAGUCAUGCAGGGUAAAAGUCCAGUGGCUGUCGGCUGGGCUCGAGUUCCUCUGUUCCGCCAGGGAGCGCCAAGUGGGCGUGUCUCAGCGGACCAGGCGUGGGUGCUACUUGCAGGGGAUCAUACCUUCAAACUCCACCCAGGGGACACAUCGGAACCUUUCACCACAUCCAUGCCAAAAACACCCUCCGAGAGGGGCGAAAGUCAUCUGAUUGGCUAUGGCUGUGAACUCUCUGCUGUGGUGUAUGACCCACGUAACGAGCCAGCUGACACCCCCAGGCCCCCCCCGCAGGUUCCCCCAGUCGACACAAGGCAGGCCCCACGUCACAUACCACGCCACACCCCCAGCCUCACCCCACGCCACACCCCCAGGCAACAACCAUCCAGACAGACACCAAAGAAACCAUCCCCACCAGUCAUCCCAGACCCCACGUCACCGUCACCACCCCCUUCUGAGACCUCGCCCGAGCCAGACAAGCCCCCCACCCCACCUGACCUGGAUGAAGACUUUGAACCCUGGGUGGAGCACCAGCCUAAAGCUGCCAAAACAGAUCCAGGCCCCACACCCAGCGACAACAACAAGCCAUUUGACCUUUAUGUAGAUGGUGUGAGAUUCAUUCCAGACAAUGCUUCAAUCAUAAAGGUGACAGGAAGAGUUCUCCGAACCGGUGAUCUGAACGACUUGUCUGACAUCUUGGCUAUUCCUGACCUUGAGAGUCCUGCGCGGUCACCACUGUUCGGCUACAGACUGACUGUCAACCCAGACAGCAAGACCGCUGACCCCAACAUGCUUGUCCUCCUGAGGGUGUACACUGUUGACAUCGUGACGGAGAGGAUUGUCGUCGUCGGCAGCUGCCUCCUUGGGGUGUUCAACGUUGUAGGGAUGAACAAGGGUAAAUUGCGAAUUGGGGGACAUCAGUUGAGACUAAGGUCGGGAAUGCCGGACACCAAACAAGGUGUGAACACCCUGACCCCAGCCAGCCUGGACUCCGCCCCCAUCAUCCCGGGCUGCUCGCUACUGGUCAGGUUGAGGCCACACAGUCCGGAGCCAGUGGAUGCCCCCAAGUACACUGUAGGCUACUACAGGUCUAUUGAUUGUCACCCCAAUGUGUCGGAGACACGCAUCUUCCAGAGUUACGAAGACAACAUGAAGUAUCCGAAAACAGAAAGAGACAUGGUGAAGAGACUACAGACCAUGGAGGGUAUUACAGAAGGUCGGAGUGAUGUAAGCCUGCUGAGCUGGUUGAAGGAUCGUCUGGACAUGAAGAAGCAGACACCAGCCGCCCAGCCAGCAACCAACCUCAGCCUGUCUCGAUGUGUGCGCUACAGAAACAAGAUGGGGCUGUUUGUCAAGAUGAACCAGGCCUACGGCAUGCCAGAUGACCGAGUGAUACAGUGCUUCGUACGGGUGACCCCCGGGCGCAAGGUACAGGGGAUGAGUGCAACCAAGGAGGGGUACGGCAAGGAUGAGAAGUUUAUCACAACAAAACAUAUCCCUGAGAGUUAUCUCCAGGCCCCGGCAUGGGCUGAUGAACCACAGGAGCUGCACCCAUUCUACGACCAGUACAGUUGUCUCAUAGUGCAGGUGUUUGGUCUGAAGAUGGUCUACAAGAUGAAGCCAGACCACAAGGCUCCAGGCAAACUCGUCACCCCAGAAGGAGGAGAGCUGGAUUUGGAUGAGGACAGUCUACUGGGUUGGGCAGUAGUGCCUCUGUUUGACGGGAACUCAGUGCUGAACGGGACCCACCGUGUUCCGAUACUGAAGGGGAAGCCGACGGAGGAGGUGCUGGACCAGCUGUCUACAUCCUCCGCAGAGGCCGUGCUGGACGGACAACGCUGGGAUUCUAGCAACGCCUAUGAAGCUGGUAGUCUCAAGGUCACAAUUUGGGAUGGACACUACGAAUUUAGAGAAAUUCCAGAGAUGCCAGUGUACGAGAACCUGUUGGAGAAGGUGGGUGACAUCAUCGCCUACCGCGAGGCGCAGCAACUCAAGGUUGGCCGUCACCUCAACAGCAUCGUCAUAGAGGCCCUGGAGCCAAAGCAUCGCAAGCAGGGCAUUAAGGGAGCCGUGUACAAGAAAGAACUGGGGUUCUUCGAGGAUCUUCUCACAAAAAGAUUUUAUGAUCUCAUGGAGAACGCUCUGAUGACAUCUGGCAUGGGACCAUUGUGAUAGAAGAAGGCAGCCAUACGAGUUCUUCCAAUUGCCGUGGAUCACAUCCUGAUACACUAUGGACCAUGGUGAUAUAGAGAAGGAGACAGUCCCAAGGAUUACCUCCAUGUAUUAUCAUGAUAAUAGGGCCACCUCCCACCUGACGGCCGGCACAGGGCUGCCAUUAAUCAUAGGCCUAGGGAUGGGCAGCACACUGUCUCAUAUCUGUAAGUACGGUAGGGAAUACUUGGGUAUGGAGAAUAGCUUUGAUCAUCGUAAAAACAGGGUCUUCAUACAUUACUUUGCAUUUCACCUGGCUAUACAUAUAUUUAACAUUGGUAGAAAGCUUGAACCGCUCUGCAGUUCAACAUGGGAGAAAGGUUGUACAGUAGGAAUGGUCAUAUUAUUUUAACUGGAUGGUUAGAUCAUUGACAUGUAUGCAUUGUAUUGUAACUGACUGACUGAAGUUCUUAUCUGUGUGUGUGUUUGUGUAGGGGAGGGGAGGGCUGUAAUAUUUUUUCAUAAAUUUUGUUCUAGAAAAUACUUGGGGAAAACGUGUUUGCCUCAAUUCCAGCUUCUCGUUUGGGAGAAGAAAGUUAUUUGUCUUGACGCAGUGACGGAAACUAGCACCCCGGCUGUAACACAGCUGAAAGUCUUUGAUGGCAUUAACAUAGAUAUAGUGUGAGAUACCAAGUCGUGAGAGUCAGCUACCUAAACUGUUCCUAGUUCAUGAUGGGACAAUGUCUAAAUCUUGUAUGAACACUCCGCUCAUAGAACAAUUGUGUGUCUUACGUUUACCUCAGUAGUGUACUUAAAAUGUGUGGAACUGACCAUGAUGUUUCUUCUCCUGAGAAGGUAAUGAGAGUGAAUACACAUUUAACACUGGCUGUCUUAACAUUGCAGGCUAACCUAAAUUGUUACCAGAAUAUGUUUACAUUAAGUCGUCAAACUACAACCAAUAUUACUUUUAACGAGUCAAAGUAUCGCAGUUAUAACAUAUGUUUCCAUUCGCUGUCAACUAAGGUUCUUUUCAAGGUGUCAAUAGCGGUAAUAUGAUCGUGGUUGCUGUAAAUAACAGUGAGUUGGUAAAGCAGACCUUAUGGAAGGGGGCAAACGGAAGUUGUAAGUACCGGAUGGACACCGAAAUUAAUGUGGAUAUUAUUGAAUGAAAGGUUGAUUUAAAUUAAUAAAAAAUAUCACGUACAUUACAUACAUGAAUCCAGAUAUACAAUUAUACACUUUGUAUUACUGGUGGUAUAAUGACAGGAUUACCUUGCGUAAUUCAAUUUGUUGAUAUUCUAUUUCCGAUGACAGAUCUAACGAAAUGUAGUUUUAGGUUGGGGGGCUUACCUACCACAUGUAACAUUUUGAUGCAGAUUUCAAGGAACAAGUUAAUACCUUGGCUUAUCUACGAGAUCAGCUUUUCUUCAUCAUAUAUGGUAACAUUGUACACUUGGUGAAUUUCUAUUAAAUGUAACCUACAGGUAUUAACUUCUAUAAAUAAACUUCUUGGUGGUAAUUAAGCGGUUUGAAAACAUAUCAGUUUUUUUGUCCAUGUUACUUAAAGUUUUGUUACUGCCGUCAAUGAGUGUUCGAUGUUUGUUCAUGUUUCAUGUGUCUGGAAUGCUUUUACAUAGUGGAAAAUUGCCUGUGCCAGCCAAGGUAUAUACUUGGUCAAAUAUAAGUGCUAUCUUGUUAUAUUGUAAGACGGAGAGACUAGACGGUUUGUUCUUGUAUUUCAUCUUCAUUGACAAUUCAAGGGGCACGGGUGGCCCAGUUGUCUAAGGCGCCACGAUUCGCUGUGCAGGGUUGCGUCCCUUGGGCAUGCCAGAAACUUAUGAUUGUGGGUUCGAAUCCCGGUUCGCCCCGAUUAUGUUUCUACGUUUGUCAGCACCAUACCCGUGCUCGUGGGUUUCACCGAAGUGGUCAACGUCUGAGACCUGCAUCACUUCGGGCUUUCCUCCCACAUUAAGCUGACAUGCCGUGAUAUAACUGGAAUACUGUUAAAAGCGGCGUUAAACUCAACUCACUCACUCACUCAUUGACAAUUCACUUGAACGCCAUUGUCAUACAUUGAGGAUCAUUUGCAUCAGUGUUGUUAUUUUUAUUUUAUAGGAUUUAUUAGAAUCAUCAUCAUCGUCAUAUUAUUGUCAUGACAUCGGAACAAUAUUCAGAACAUAAUCACUACCUUCAUGAGAAUAUCAUUGUUUCCUAUUGUUUGGGGGCACUUUACUUAAUGUAGGGCAGUGGCUUUGAUGAGUUGCAAGAUUAUCUGGUAAAUCAUAUCCAUGUAACAAGAGCAAGACAAUGUAUUGUUAGUUGUGUACAUGCUGAAGGCAUUAUGGAUGGAAAGAUUGUAGUUCAAUACACAUUAGCAAUGUUACAGCCACAGUCUUUGUCUGGACCAGAACAUGUUACCAAGGGCAACAAUCCAUCCUUGAGAUGAUGCACAAGCACAAUCUGCGACUAAUACACUAGUCCCAAGCCCAAGUCUAGUAACAUUUCUGUCACCCUAGUAAGCUAUGCUAGUCUCACAUUAAGGGGGAGGAGGGACCUGGGAUUUAUACAAAAAAAUAGAUUGUCCCCGAAAAUGCUUGAAAUAUUAUUUUUGCAUCAACUGUUGAAAGAGAAGAAAUGUCUCCAUAAAAAAUACAUUGUUGGGAGAGGAUUUUUUUUAAAUAUUUAGGCUCUUGUUUUGCAGUUGUAGCAGAAAGAUAUCUCCAAUCAAAAUCCCUGCCCCCAGAAUAUUAAGUGGUCAUUCCUUUAGCUAUAGUGCAUUUUGUAAGUGAUGUUAUUAGUUGGUGUGUUUAGUGCAGUAGACUGUGGUUUCAGUGUCAGUGAUCAGUGCUAGACACAUGUUUUCAACAAUGCCUUGAGUCUUCAAUGGGUGCUGGUUCACAAUGGAUGUACGAGAGAAUAAAUAUUAAGAAUUUAGACAUUAUUUUGGUAUUCAGUUAGUUAUAUUAAUAGACUGGUCAGGAUUCCAACAUGUUCUAUUGAUAGCUAGUAGUCAAAUACCAAAGCAUUUUGUCAGUAUCACAUCACAUGACGAUUUAUUGUUGGUAAAGUGUCAUAUGUUUUAGAUAUAUAAAAGUUCCUAGGAUUAUUUUUUAUGAUCAUAGUGAUUUUUACUGUCGGCAAUGUUAAAAAAACUUGUCAUUCUGAUUUUAUUUUGUUUCUGAAUUUUUGUUUUGUAUUAAUAUCAUGUCCAUUUUGCAAUGUGAACUUGUCAAUAUCACAUCCAUUUUGCAAUGUGAACUUGUCAAUAUCAUGUCCAUUUUGCAAUGUGAACAUGUCAAUAUCAUGUCCAUUUUGCAAUGUGAACAUGUCAAUAUCAUGUCCAUUCUGCAAUGUGAACAUGUCAAUAUCAUGUCCAUUUUGCAAUGUGAACAUGUCAAUAUCAUGUCCAUUUUGCAAUGUGAACAUGUCAAUAUCAUGUCCAUUUCACAUUGAACAUUGCUUAGACUUGUUUAUUUGUGGCAACUCAGCCUCAUAGUGAGGCAGUGAUACGUAGUGCUGUAGUGUUUAUGAAUCUUAUGUUUUGACUUAAAGCUGUGAUCUUAUCUCCUACUGACAUAUAGCAGUUCAAUAUACGCCAUUGUAAUUUAUUACACCAAACCUUGAUAAAGUUCAAAUCCUUGCCAAUUGUAAAGUAUAACCACAAUUGUGACAGUGAAAUCACUGUGGACACUGUUCAUAUCACAACAUUGUACAUUGUUCCCAAAUAAUAAAGUAUUAUUCAACACC